AACCUUACCUUCCAAUGUACUCCAAUUCCAAACCCUCUCCAUCGUGACAGGACUCCGCACCUUAUGAACCCUGAGAAUGUCCCGAACCCUACCUCCUGAAACUCUCAUUUCUAACUCUAGAAUUAAACUUUCCGAUUCUAAAUCUUCCUCAAAUGAAAAUUCGAUAGGAAAACUCUAAUUUUUUUUUAACCUCUCCGGGAUCUGCUGAUUUCGUUUCAUACAAGCUCGUUCAUCUGAUCAUGGUGGACACCUUCACGUUUGGGCGGUUUCACAACCAAAGACCUGACUUCAAGCGGUGUAUUCCUGCAUUUCUAUCUUCACACAGGACACUCUUCACCGUUCUGUGGAUCGUUGGAUUCGCUUCCGUUUUUAUAUGGCAACGGAACAUUGUUGAUGGCAUUCGGAUCUUCCGGCGAGUCCCAGCUAGGCCAAUUCCGAAGCUACGACCAUUUGCGUUCAAUUUGACUGAUUUCGGUGCUGUUGGCGAUGGGGUAACAGUGAACACGGAGGCAUUCGAGAGGGCCGUGGUCGCUAUUUCUAAGCUGGGGAAGAAAGGCGGCGCACAGCUUAAUGUUCCCGCUGGGCAUUGGCUCACAGCGCCAUUUAAUCUUACCAGUCACAUGACUCUGUUUCUCGCUGAAGAUGCUGUUAUACUUGGACUUGAGGAUGAGAAGUACUGGCCACUGAUGCCUCCAUUGCCAUCUUAUGGAUAUGGGAGAGAACGUCCUGGACCACGAUAUGGGAGCUUGAUCCAUGGUCAAAAUCUCAAGGAUCUUGUAAUAACAGGGCACAAUGGCACCAUUGAUGGGCAAGGUAAAUCAUGGUGGGUUAAGUACCGUCGGAAACUGCUCAACUAUACCAGGGGCCCACUUGUGCAGAUCAUGUGGUCAAGUGACAUCCGGAUCUCUAACAUCACUUUGCGUGAUUCUCCCUUCUGGACCCUUCAUCCCUUUGACUGCAAGAAUGUAACUAUCACAAAUGUUACCAUUUUGGCUCCUGUCUUUGAAGCCCCAAACACAGACGGAAUAGAUCCUGAUUCAUGUGAGAAUAUGGUGAUAGAGGAUUGUUACAUUAGCGUAGGAGAUGAUGCAAUCGCAAUAAAGAGUGGUUGGGAUCAAUAUGGAAUUUAUUAUGGCCGGCCUUCCACCAACAUUCUCAUCCGAAACCUUGUUGUUCGUUCUAUGGUGAGUGCUGGAGUAUCAAUAGGCAGUGAGAUGUCUGGUGGAGUCUCAAACGUAAUAGUAGAGAAUCUUCAUGUGUGGAGCUCGAGACGGGCAGUCCGGAUCAAGACUGCCCCUGGGAGAGGAGGAUUUGUUCGAAACAUAACCUACAGGAAUCUUACCUUUGACAAUGUCCGGGUUGGAAUUGUCAUCAAGACAGACUAUAAUGAGCACCCAGAUGAGGGGUACGACCCCAAGGCCUUCCCGGUGCUCGAGGACAUAAGCUUCACUGGGAUCCAUGGCCAAGGAGUCCGUGUCCCAGUACGAAUCUAUGGCAGUGAAGAGAUCCCUGUGAGAAACGUAACAUUUCGGGACAUGUCUGUGGGGAUAACAUACAAGAAGAAGCAUAUCUUCCAGUGUUCUUUCGUUGAGGGACGAGUGAUCGGAACAAUUUUCCCUGCACCAUGUGAGAAUCUCGACCGAUAUGAUGAGCAAGAUCGGCUGGUCAAGCGGUCAACAUCCCAGAACAUUACAGACAUCGAUUAUGAUUUCUGAAGAGGGUUUCUAGGUUAAACACUGGUACUCAGUGUCUACUGGGCUUAUCCCACAGAGAUUGAUGGCUUCAUCUUGUGUCUAUUGAUACAGUUUUGGAUGCCCGGGAUGAAGUAUUUGGCAGGGCGGUUAUUCAUUUCUUUGUCAUCUUUUGUUGCAGCUACAUCAUCUUCCCACAGGUUUGUAUAUAUGUCGUAAGGGUUCAUGUCCAAAGGGUUCAAUUGUUUAUGCAUUCUUGGAUUUACUGAGGCAGGAGUAUGCCCGUUUUCUGCAAAUGUUCGAAGAACUUUAAGAGGGAUGAAUCGGCUGCUUGUAUUUUAACGGUUCAUUUGCCUGGUGUAAUCGCCUCAGUCAUAUUGUUCUUUGAGUGCAAAAUGGGAUGAUCUAUUCUUUGAUU